GAUAAAUAGGCAGCCACAGGAUAGCCCCCUAAUUCAACACACUCACAAUCAAUCAACUAUAUUAGAAAAAAAAAACAAUGAGUGAGCUUUUCUACUCUCUCCCCACUUGGGAUCUCCAUAACCUUGGAUCAUUCUUCAACCAAAACUUCAGUUUAGAUUCAUGUGGCCACAUUGAUGGAUCGCCGGAGCAUAUAUUACAUUCGCCGGAGGAGGAUAUUAUCGGUGCCGUUUCCACCGGCUAUCUCGAAGACGCACUCAUCGAAUUCAGUGUGAAAAGCAAACGGAGACGUCUUUCGUUCAACGCCGAGGACAAACCAACUAACCACUUUGAUAAUCACCAGAAUAAUUGGGGUAUGUCUGAGACUUAUAGUUGCACGAGUAGUCAGUUUGCAGAUGAAUCUCCACAUUCAUCCAUCAAUAUUUGUUCAGAGGCCUCAAAUCACUCGAAACACUCCUUCGAGCCAUCUACGUCCAAUUCAAAGGAAAAUCUCUAUGACAAGAAGAAGAGAGUGGUGGUGUAUCCAUUUGGAGUGGUGAAACCAGGUGGUCGAGAAGAAGAUGUAACCCUAAAUGACAUAAAUAAGAGGAUUCUCAUGCCAUCGGCUCGGCCAGUUCGGCAUCCCGUUGGAGCCUUUGCCUGCCGUCCGUGUCUUUCUGCUCAUGGACCGGGUCUCUCAGGCAAAGCCGUGGUUGCUUUCACGAAGAUACACACAUUAGGGAAGGGUACAAUUACCAUAAUAAGAACUAAGGGGUGAGACAUGUAAUUAGACUGGGUCGUUAUAGUGUGUACUCGAGAUGACGUGACAAGAAUAAAAGACAUGUUAAACCUGUUUUAUUUAUAAAGAAAAAGAUGUUUUCAAUAAUCGAAUUAGAUUUUUCUUUUUCAGUAUUUGUUUAUUUGAAUAAUUGCAGAUUUUAGUAUAAAGUAUCAUUUAGGAACUUAUCAACCAAAAAUUUGAAUCACAAAGAAUAUCGUUUUGGUUUAUUAUGUUCUUGCAUGUUCGUACUUUUUGUUCUUUACGCUUUUCCCCUUAGGAACCCCUUUGUUCUUAAAUAAACAUUCAGUAGAGACUAGCAAAUAAAUAAACGAAGCGUGAAGAAGAAUAAAUAAUAAAGAAUAAAAAGCAAAAAGGGAAGAAUGUGCUGAAAAGCAAGUAAACAACAACUGAAAAGAGAAUGAGAAAAUGUAGUACAUUAUCAUGAAAUUUUCGUAGGUGGUUGUAACGAUUUUUAAAAAACUUUCUUACCAUGUUAAAUAUUUGAGUAGGUUUACCAUAUAGUAAGUACAACAUGGCAUAGGUAAAUUCUGAACUAAAAGAAAUGUUAUACUUAUUGACCAACAAAUUUUAAAUCUGUAUAAAUUUGAUGGUUUUUAUUAAACUAGUAUAUCAAGAAUCUAAAAAUAAACAUAUAGUGAGAUACACAAUAAAUCAUUUUUAACAUGAAUAAUUAUGCUAUUACAAACUAUGCAGGACGAUUAUACGUAUAAUUAUUUAUGAAGAUCCACGUCUAACUGAAUCACUUAAAUUGUCCUAUGAAACUCACACUUGACGGUACUAUUUGCGGCAUGAUACAAAUCUCUUGUAAACAUUUUGUCUAUGAAUUUGCAUAAUUUCAGUGUCUAUAGGAUUCGAAACUCAAAUCUUUUGGCGUAGAAACAUUAAUGAAUUUAAGAUCAUUGGAUCAAGGGUUUCCGUAAAUGGGUUUGCUUAUGGAAAUUUGAAUUUGAAUUACCCUUUUAAUUCAGAUAUUAUGCAAAAAUGUUAAAAUGAAACCAAAUCAACCUUUUAACUAUUUUAUGAUAUCAGUGUCUUCAUGGGCCCGAUAUGUCGUAGGCCCAGCUGGAUUUGCACACAGUCAGAUACAUGAGGUCAUGUUUAUGUAAUGUGACGUUUGUCGGCAUGAGUUUAUACGGCAAAAAAAAAAAAAAAAAAAAAAGAAAAAAAAAGGCUGUUUCCCCCCCUCUAGCAGUCGUAACAGGAAGUGUUUAGCAUGUGCGAAAAAAAUAAACACAUAUUCAGGUGGUAAAUGACGUGGAUUAGUAAUAGUAAUAGUAUAAUUUAAUGCUCUAUUUCUUAGGAUAGCUGAAACUAAAUGGAACAUUAGUUGCAAAUUUACUGGUCAUCACCAUUGUUUUUCCUCUACAAAGGACCAACCUAGCUUUUGACCUUAGUGGGUUGGGUCCAUUUAGGCAGACAAGUAGCUAAAAUUAACAAUGAUGAAAAAACAAUAGUAGUUUGCAUGUUCAUCUUUCUCCAAAUAUUUGUAAUAAUAAAAGUUUACAGUGUCAGUGUAAAUCAACAGGACAAUUUAAAAAGCUUUGUAAGUUUCACUAAUCUAUGAUGAAACAGAUGAAUUUCAAAAUCAAACGUGUGAAAUGUUACUAGCAAUGUAUUUAGAAACCCGUUUAGAGUAACAAUUUUCACCUUGAACAUUGGAUUUUGUAUUACACAUUUUAAAUCAUUAAGUCUUGUUAAUCAUGAUCUGAUUAAACACACAUUUUUUAGCAAGACGUUUUGUUAAGGUCUGGUUAAACAUAGGCCGCCUAAUAUCUAUAGGUUUGGUAUUGGCUUAUAUCAAAUGUAGGCUUGUGGAUUUUCUGUUUUUCCCUUCGCCUUGUUCGUAAAUGGGCCUAACAAAUUACAGCGGACCAAAGUUAAAAGCCCAACCUGAAAACGGCUUUCGCUCAGAAAAGUCAAUAACGACUGUUCUCGCGGCGGAGCUGUUCCUUACCGGCUCAGGUACGGUGUUUCUUAUCUAUCUUUUUUCUCUCUCAUUAAUCAUUAUCUCAAGAAAAACUCUGAAGUAUGAUCUCUUUCUUUCCGUGCUCAAAUCAAGAUGGAGCUCAGGCUACAGAUACAGAUGGUACAAAUCUUCAACUGCUUCUGAGGGUGAAGGAGAUGAAGAUGCAAAACCCUACCCUACCUUCAGGCUCAAUUUAGGGUUCCUCCUAAGCCUCUAUAACCUCCUGAGCCUGUGAAGAAGAAAGGUACUUUAAGAGGAUGCUGUUUUGCCUUUUUCUCUACGGGCUCAUCAUUGUCGCAGUGCUUGAUGACAUCAAGAGAAUGUGUGACAGCAGAAGAUGAUCGGAGACGAGACUGGCUAGUUUUCCGGGAAGAGAAACAAAGACAAGUAAAGAAAGCAGCUCUCAGAACUCUUCUAAGGACUUCUCCUCUCCUUGGGACUAGACUAGUAGCUUCUCUUGCACCCAUUUCUUUCUCUUUCUUGCUUGGUUUUUUCCGGUUUGGUUUGUUUUAGUUACUUUAGUAUUGGAGCUGAUGAUCUGUCUGCAAGCUGGAACUGCCGACUUGUGUCUAUAUAGGUGAAGCGUUGGAGAGACAAUACAAGACCGCGUGGAAAAUCUCAAGACGCGUUGUUGGCUCGUUCUUCGUUUCAUGGAAAUUCAUUUUUAUUUGUACAUUGACAUAUUUUGGAUUUAAAUUUGUUGCAUAUAAGAGAAUAAUAUAGGUUUAGUUUUUGAAAGUGUUAGUACUGUUUAGAGUUUGAAGUGGUCAGGACUUUCUUUCUUUGGUACCAAGUUAACGCGUUUUGCUUAGGGAACGACCUGGUUUUAGUUUUGUUA